AUGCGGCGGGCGGGCAGGCACAGCAGGCAGGCCCUGGAGGGCAGCUCCAUGGAGAACGGUGUGGGGCAGGAGCUGGGGACCCCCCAGACUCCUGCUGCUGAGGGCACCCCGGAUCCGCACCCCUCACGCUCCCGCCCUAGGCUGGUGUUCCACACGCAGCUGGCCCACGGCAGCCCCACAGGACGCAUCGAGGGCUUCACCAACGUCAAGGAGCUUUACACCAAAAUCGCUGAGGUCUUUGGCAUCUCCCCCACCGAGAUCCUCUUUUGUACGCUCAACACGCACAAGGUAGACAUGCAGAAGCUGCUGGGGGGACAGAUUGGUCUGGAGGACUUCAUCUUUGCCCACGUCCGGGGCGAGACAAAGGAAGUGGAGGUGACCAAGACAGAGGAUGCGCUGGGCCUCACCAUCACAGACAAUGGUGCUGGCUAUGCUUUCAUCAAGAGAAUCAAAGAGGGGAGCAUCAUCAACCGCCUCCAGACAGUGUGUGUAGGUGACAGCAUCGAGGCCAUCAACGACCACACCAUCGUGGGCUGCCGGCACUACGAGGUGGCACGGAUGCUGCGGGAGCUGCCCCGGGCUCAGCCAUUCACCCUGCGCCUGGUGCAGCCCAAAAAGGCCUUUGACAUGAUUGGGCAAAGGACACGGAGCAGCAAGUCCCUGAGUGAGGGCAGAGUGGCCAGUGGAAAGGAAACGCUGCGACUGCGGGCACAGGGCCCAGCCACACUGGAGGAUGGGCCCAGUCCCUUCGAGGAAGAAGCUGCUCGCCGGGUGGAUGACCUGCUGGAGAGCUACAUGGGCAUCCGUGACAGUGAGCUGGCCUCAACAAUGGUGGAGGCAGCAAAGGAGAGCCCCAGUGCAGCCCAACUUGCCCAUGAUUUGGACUCAGUUCUGGGUGAAUUUGCCUUCCCUGAGGAGUUUGUGGCCGAGGUGUGGGCAGCUGUCUGCCUCCCCAAGGAGGCGCAGCAGUAG